GCUAUUGGUGUAAACCGUGCUUUACAUUACGAAAAUUAACCAUGGUUUUAUUGUAGUAACCAUGUUUUUUUGGUAGAUUGAUUAAUAUUUGUAUAACCACAGUUUUACUACAAAUACCAUGGUUAGUGUAGCAAAACCAUGGCUAAUUUGUGGUUACCAUGGUAACUAUAGUAGUAUAGUUAUGUUGUUGUUGUUGUUUUUUGUAGUAAAACCAGGGUUUGUAAGGAUAUAGCUGAGUCCACAAUAAUAGCGAACUGCAAUGAUCACCAGAGGAUAACAAUUUCAGAAACGAUUUUGUUUCCAGCUUAUGAACGAUAGAAAUAGUGACAACCAAUCAGAGUCCACCCGCCUUUAAAGAGCUCGAGCAUUUAAAGCGGAAGACGACAAAACCGCAGCGCGCGCUUAGAAUAAACAGAACGUUAUCGUCCGUUUGUGUAAACGCUAAUCUGAACUGUCAAAAAAAAAAAAAAAACUUGUAGUUUAAGGGUACAUUUCAAAAAUAAAAUAAAAGGGGAAAAAAUGUGCAACAUACAUGUGCAAAAGCCGCGAUGCAAAGCAUGGUAUUUUCGCACGCGUUCCGCUUGGGUCUGAUAUUCCAGAUGAGCGUGACGCAGGAGCUCCUCAUUAAGCUAAUGGACUGAUCUGAGAUCUGAUAUACUCCAGAUCACUUACAGAUCCGAUCCGAACGCGUCUGUUUCUCUGCUGACAGCGAGCGACGCGUCGACGCUCCGCGACACAAGCGAGGAACGCGCGAGCGAGCCGCAGGUGAGACAUCUGAUGCUCCGCGAAAACACCGAGGAAGAUGAUGACGGUGAGACGAGGCGCAUCUCUGCGUUUGUGAAGAGGAUGAGGGUUCGGUUUGUGUGAGGAAGAUGAUGCUCGUGCUCAGCGGAUGAAGAUGAUGUUUAUGGUGUCUGGAGCGGUUCUGGUGCUGUUGUGCUGUUUUCCAGGCCAUCGUGUGUCUGUCCGAUAUGAACGCGCUGCUGGACCGAUUUCACAACUUCAUCCUACCGCGCAUGCGCGGACCGGAGCGCGUGUGCCACUGCACCUGCGGCAGGCAUCAUGUGGAGUACGUGAUCCCGUACGAGGGCUCCGUGGGCUCCUCGGGGGCCAGCAGCGUGAGCAAGCAGGAGCUGGACCUGGUGCUGGGUCUCCUGAUGGGCUUCUGCAUCAGCUGGAUGCUGCUGUGGCUGGACGCGGCGCUGCGCUUCUGGAGGUCCAGCAGACACUACGACGGGGAUCUGUGGCGCUGGGUGUGGCGUGUGUGUAACCUGCGGGAGCUGCGCAGACGUCUGCAGACGCGCCGCUGGACGGAGGACGCCGGGAACAACACUCUGCACCUCAAACAGAAGCUGUGCCACAACGGCCACCCGAGCCCUCGCCGCCUCUGACCGCUCUCAGAGAGUGUGUGUGUGUGUGUGUGUGUGUGUGUGUGUGUGUGAGAGUCUGUGUGUGUGUGCGUUCUACACGUCACCGGGGGGGGGUGUUUGAAUCUUUUAGACCACUCUUUGUGUACCGGGUAACAGUGUCUGUUUUAGAAACACGGCAUGCUGGGUAAUGGAUCUGCUGCUGUCUUCGGUGUUUGUGUGAUUAAAGUGACUCGUUUGAUUGGAAAUCAGUCCUGACGCAACUUCAGUGUGUUUGACUCAAAACUGCGAUGCUCUCGAGAAACAUCUGUUCAUGCUGUUCGUUACAUAUUUUGCUUAAUAAAGUAUAUGAAAUAUAAUUAAUAAUGAAAAUGUAUUACCAUUAACCCGAUUUCUCCAUUGACCGCAACAACUAACUUUUUGUUUUAAAACAUUCACAUUUAAGAUUCUGCUUUGAAACGAAUCAUAUAGUCAUUUAUAGUAAAUACUACAGUGUUUUUGAAGCAUACUAUAGUAAAGUACUUGAAUUAAUUUGUUGUGGUAACUCUAUAGUUGCCGUGGUAGUAAUAUAAACAAAUGACUUUACUCAAUACUGUACUACAUUAUACUAUAAUACAGUUUACUGUAGUAAAAACUAACUUACAGUAUUUAUUAUCAGUUAACUACACGGUAUGCUGCAGCGUUGUGUUGUAAAUACUAUAAUAUAUACAGUAUACUACACUUUACUAUAGUAUGCUUCAAAAACACUAUAAAUUACUAUAGUGUUUAUAGUAUGUUAAGUUUUAAAUGGAUAUAUUUGACUUACUACACAUGUAUUAGAAAUAAAUAUUAUAUAUAAUGUUUACACAUUUUACAGCUUUCUUAUUUUUUAAAAUUUGAAACAGUUUUUAGGUGUUGAACUUCUGUCUUCAAAAUAAAAAAUGUAAAAAAAAAAAAAAAAAAAACCGUCUCCUGAAUUUACAUUUAUGUAUUUUAAAAUUAGCUUGAAAUGUAGUAUAAAUCAAAUUUCUUAUGAUAAUAUGUCAUAAGUGGGAAAAAUACCAAUAAAAACAUUUUGUUUGAAACCUGGGCAUGAUGUGAACUUUAAUAAAUGAGCAGAAAUGUGAUAAAUCAGAAUCAUAUCAAUAUCAUAUGAAAUCUGUUGCAAGAUUUACAAAUGAGUUGUGAUUAAAUAUUUAUGGAAUAAUUUCCAGAUGUUAUCGGACAUCAACAAUCAUUCCAGAAGUAGAACUAAAAAAUCUCCCGAAUUCAUUGAUUAUUAAU